GCGCGGGGGAGGCCGGGGGCAGGAAGGCGCAGCGUGGCCAAGGGGCUUGAGCGUCUCGCUGCUCCAGCGGGGACGGUCCGGUGCUGGCAGCAUCUGCCUGGGCAGCGCGGCGGCGCCUCUCUCCCUAGCAGCAGCCGCGGGACUCGCCGGCGGGGCCUCCUCGAUGUGUGAGAGGCGGUGGGAGCUGCUCGCCGGCCAUCCCCGGGACUCGGCGCCCGCUCCAUGCAUCUCUGAGCCGAGCCGCCGCUAAGCCUGCUCCUGCUGCCGCCGCUAAUCUCCCCUCCCCAGCCAGCCCUGCUCCCUGCCUGCCGGCUGCUGCUCGCCUGCCUUCAGUGCUACCAAACCCGCUCUGUUUGCGUCCACUCUGGCUGCCAGUACCGCGUCUUCAUGAGCCCAGAGGAUGUCCGGGAAGCAUUACAAAGGGCCCGAAGUCAGCUGCUGUAUCAAAUAUUUUAUCUUUGGCUUCAAUGUCAUUUUCUGGUUUCUGGGCAUAGCAUUUCUUGGAAUUGGAUUGUGGGCAUGGAAUGAAAAAGGAGUGCUGUCCAAUAUCUCCUCCAUAACUGACCUGGGAGGCUUUGAUCCAGUUUGGCUCUUCCUUGUGGUAGGAGGAGUCAUGUUCAUUUUGGGAUUUGCAGGAUGUAUUGGAGCUUUGCGAGAAAAUACCUUCCUUCUCAAGUUCUUUUCUGUAUUCCUGGGAAUUAUUUUCUUCCUGGAGCUCACUGCUGGUGUUCUGGCAUUUGUUUUCAAAGACUGGAUCAAAGACCAGCUGUAUUUCUUUAUAAACAAUAACAUCAGAGCAUACAGAGAUGAUAUUGAUUUGCAAAACCUUAUAGACUUCACACAGGAAUAUUGGCAGUGCUGUGGAGCCUUCGGCGCUGAUGACUGGAACCUCAAUAUUUACUUCAAUUGCACCGAUUCCAAUGCGAGUCGAGAGCGCUGUGGCGUGCCGUUUUCAUGCUGUACUAAAGAUCCUGCCGAAGAUGUCAUUAACACUCAGUGUGGAUACGAUGCCAGGCAAAAACCGGAGGUUGAUCAGCAGAUUGUUAUCUACACUAAAGGUUGCGUCCCCCAGUUUGAGAAAUGGCUGCAGGACAAUCUUACUAUCGUUGCUGGCAUCUUCAUUGGGAUUGCGUUGUUGCAGAUAUUCGGGAUAUGCUUAGCCCAGAACUUGGUUAGUGACAUUGAAGCUGUCAGAGCCAGCUGGUAAAACUGCUGAAAUAACCGCCACAAGACACUGGACAACUGAAAACCUCCAAAACCUCCAGUGUGUCACUCCGACACCAAGCUGUAUGGACAUGGGUGACGGGGAAGCCUUCUUUCCAAAGCGGUCUCAAGUCUACGCUGCUGGUAUUGCAGUGAACCCUUGUUUCUUUGGGGUUGGCUAAUGGGUGGGCUGUUUAAAAUCUGCUGCUCACUGACAGUGUUUUUUUUUUUUUUUUUUUUUUAAAUCACCAACAAGCUGUUGAGCCAUGAAUCUCUACUGUAUUCUUGCUUCUGAAUAACAGGUGGACAGUCUCUCUUUUUUAAUUGGUGUGUGUCAAUGGGACGGAGUUGCAUUGUGGUGUGUGGAUAUGCUGUUUAUUCUCCGUGUCCCAAGCUCUUCGAUAGCUGCCAAACGUUCCUGAAAAGGUUUCUUUCUUCAGUACACGCUGAAGGAACCAUCUUCUUGUUUUCCACAGCUAAACAUAGCUGCAGGUCUUUCUGAAACUAAACCCAUCAAACAGGAAACAACUUUCCACUCAUCAGUUGUACAUUUCAAGAAAUUGUUUUAAAAACAAGGAAAAACUUUUAUACAAGCGCUUCCAGACUUUGUCUGUAAUAAUAUGUGGUUGGAAUCAGCAAGAUUGAAGGGAUAACUAUCUAAAUUUGCCAGCAUCUUUCUCCAAGCAAGAAUGGGACAUAUAUGGGAGCAUGAGGUUUGGGGGGCUCAGGUGUAUAAUGUUAAAAAGAGAAUGAAAUAUAUGCUAACUUAAAAAAAAAAAAAAGAGAGAGAGUUAUGAAGUACGUACCCAAAUACCCUGGCUAUAUCCAUUGAUUCUUUGGAAUUUGGCAUAACCUGAUGUAUUUGGGGCUGUCACUAAUAUUAGUGCUUUGUUAUAAUUGUACAAAAUUUCUUUUAAAAUGUUUCCUUGAUCCUUUCCUAGCUGAAGCUUUGGUUUUCUUUCUUUUCUUUUUUUUUUUAAAUUCUUCUUCUUACCUGCAUGAGCUAUGGAAUUAGAAUCUGAGAAACUUUGUUUUUAAAUCCCUGCAUAUGUUUCAGUAGGCUUCUAAUCCAAAUUUACUUAUUUAUUGGUAGAUGCACUUGAUUAUGGAAAGUUCCUAUCCCCUUGUCUUGGAAGGGGGAAAGGAGGACAGCUUUGCUAUAGUAAAUGCUUCCCUAGAGUCAGCAGUUUUUCAUUUGCUUAACUCUGUGUGUGUUUCCCAUCCUGCCUCUCUCUGUCUGAAUACAACAAAAUGCUUUCUUGAACCAAUAGAAUAAAAGGAUAUUUUUAAGCAAGAAGAGUGUAUUGGGACCAACCAAGAGACUUUUGGUCCUUUAGAAAUGGAAGAAGCGGUAGAAUUUGGACUACAGCACAAGUAUUGGGAGGCAAGGUAGAUCAAACUCCAGCUAGGUGUCUGUGAUCAGCUUUUAUUUCAAUAAUAGUGUGAUCAUGCACCUGACACUAACUUGGGUAGCCAAGGCACUUCGUAUACAUUUAGCUUGUCUUAUGGCCCUGCAUAGUGUCUAUGAGCCCAAUCCUGCUGGGGCUGAUUGCCCUCAUCUCUUGCUUCCCUCAAGAAGUAGUUGCGGGUGCUGGGCAUCUAUCAGGAGGUGUGUUAGCACCAUUCAGGACUGGCCCAAAGUGUCCCCUAAGAUGAAUAAGAUAAGAGCAGAAAAAGUGAACACGCUUGGAUGCCAUUUUCUUUCAAAUCAGUACACUAACCUCCCUUGUGAGAGAUGCAAUGUAUGAGUGCAUAUACACUUACACAUGCUUUCUUUCUGCGUUCUGGUUGUGUGGAGACAACUUGCGUUUCUACCCCCAAAAGCUGGCAAUACGCACCAUUAUUCAAUGGCUUGGAAGAGCUGAGCAGUGCAAUUGCACUCUUGUUUUUUAUUUGGUGUUACCUCAAUCUCCAGUGGGCUCCACCUGGCAGCAUUCACACCCUUUGGCGUGUGCGGUUAAAGACCAACGGCAACUUCAAAGGACUUUUUUAAACUUUGAAAGUGUUUAUAAUACAUUAUCCUUAAUAAAGUUGGUUCAAUCUCAUCAGAGUGUUAUGUUUUUCUUAGCCACUCCUCUUAUCUUGGGGAGCUAUUGUUCAUUUCCCCUUAAGGGAGCACGAUAUUUUGCCUGAUGGCAACAGAAUGGAAAGUUCAUUGGAGCUAAAGAUGCUACUGCUCUGUUUUGUAGAGAUCAGGGAAGCAGCAUUCAGGAAAUGCACCCCUUCCCCCCUACUGAGAGCAUUGAUUGCGAACCAGUGCUUUGAUUUAAAAAGUCCACAUUACAGAAUCCUGGUUGCCAUUGAUCUUUAAUGCUGCUGCUGUUUCUGCUGCUAUAGGCUUCUGAAGACAACUUCCAUUCCUCUACUUGAACUUCCACAGUAGUACUGUAAUUGACUUUUGUCUUCUCCUGACGGUUCUCGUAGUUUUUCUCCUAUUGCAAAGUCACAAUUCUGGGAAAUGCCAGCAGCGGAGUAUUGUGCUGAAAGGAAGGGAAUUGCUCUUAAAAAUGGGGAGGUUUUGUUCUCAUGACUUUCAGGCGCAUAUGCAGAAAAUGUACAAAGUUUCCUCUAGGUCCCUGAGUGACUGCUGUUUUAAGAACCACUAAAGAACAAUCUUUAUUUUUCUACAACCCUUUGUUGCUGCGAAUACUAAUCCUGUUGUUUAAGAUGAUUUUGUUGUUGUGUUUUCCCUCCCCAUUUUUUCAGUCAUUUGUGGUCAAGCCACAUUGAAUGUUCAGAACCAGCUGCCUAUGUUGUAUGUUCAAACCCCACACGUGUAUGCAGGGAAUGUGUAAUAGUGGCCACAACUACACUGCGAGAUUGGGGUGUGAAUAUGAUAUCCCUGCUUGUGUACAUGUACUUGUGCUAUCGUCUAGUUAGCACGACUAUAAACAGCAGCGUAGGUAACAGCUACUGCAACUACACUGGUAUUUAUACUCCUUCUAGCUGGAUGAUAGCUAGUGCAAGCAUGUCUACAUGAUCAGGGGAAUUCCUCCACGCCGCCCCCCCUCCUCCCCCAACUGCUUUCAGUGGAGACGUAGCCUAAGAGUGCCCACUUCCACUUGGAAUUUAGGAGGGCAGUUUGGAAAGUCAUGCGAGGCCUUGGCACCUGAUCUAUUUUACACAGAACCGACCAAAUGCAAACAAUAUUUCUGCUGGAAAGUUCCAUUAAAACUUCAGGUGGGUCACAAAUAGACCAUGAAUUCUGGCAAAACAGGCUUAACUUCCAGCAGGGUCUUGUUAAAGCAAUAAGAUACAGUAGGUAUUGUAUUUCUGGGCAAUUUCUAGCAUGCCUCAGGUGGUAGUAUUAGGUGCAAGUCUGAAGGCCAUUUUAACCAGCCACAAAGUGCAGUAGCUGCUCCAGAAUAUGUUGCCAGUCAGCGUUCUGGCAGCCUCGUAUGGAGUGAAAUGUUUGCAUGUGCUAGGUGUUAUAUGCGUGGCUAUGGCAUUAGCUGACAGCUGAUCUGAAAGCUUCAGCUGUGUCCAGAGUUCUAAAGCCAUUUCAGAGUUCAGAUACACACUCUCACUCUGGUUGAUCUAACCUCUAAUCACUCUGCCCAGAUUCUUAGACCCUUUUGUUGUUAGAAUGCCCUCUUUUAAAUAAUAAUUAUUUGCGAUGUCUUACAUGACCAAAUUUCUGUGUUUUAGCCUGCUCUUUUCUCUUGUUGGUUUGAGACCCAUAAUAUCGACUGUGGCUCUUGGAGUUUGAAGUGGUGGAGACUGUUGCUUACAUGUUCUCUGUCCUCUAAGCCUUCUCCUUCGCCUUUCCUUUCAGAGAGAUGGUAAUUGUAGUGAAUCAGGAGACAGAACCUGGUUUGGUAGGUUCUGGUGUGUAAAUACUAUUUGAAAUGUAAAUAGUGGCAUGCAAAUGAAAUGGUUCUUGCACCUGACUGCUAUUCAUCAUAAAUAUGUAUUUAUACUCAUGACAGAUAUACAAUGUGAGAAUUUGCUGAUCAAAAUUAAGAGAAUGGUCACUUAAGAAGCUUUACAUAUCCAUUGGUUUGAGCCAGGAAUGCUUUAAUUGCCUGCCAUCUAGUGUCUGCCAUGUAAAACUACAGCUGGCCUAUGUUUUAUGAAGGUUGAGCAGCUUCCCAUUUUUGCUUUGGUUAGUUGAGGAACCUUCUUCCUGUGCUGCCUGCUUAGGAUCUGAAAAGGUAUUGACUGUAAAAUCUAGGGGUGAAAUUCAACCCUGGCUGAACUCACGGGGAGCUGACACCUCUUAUGCCAGGACUAAAUUUGGUACUAGGUCUUGACUUGGUGUGGUCCUGAAAAUGAACCUGCAUCUUCACUUCUUCAGAAAUGUCCUGGAUAGAAUUGGUUCCAGUUACCAAAGACAAAUAAGAGAACCUCUGAAUGCAAACCUUGGGGUCCAUUCUCCCUCCUUGCAAUGUGUAUACUUUUUUGGAUUAAUGCUAAUGACACAUCCAAUCCACAUUGUAUUGAAAGGAGAAUUGAUCCUAGUGUGUUUAAAGCACAAUGCAGGUUCCCAACCCUCAUGCCCUCCUUUUUGUUUGCCAAAAUUAUUGCAUAUGUUAAUUUGAGUCUCAUUAACCCAGUAGGCUGAAGUUGUCUAAACCAGGCCACUGCUGGUAAGUUUUGUUUCCUCAGUAAGAGCCAUUUAGCUGCCAACCUUUAAUGCUUAGAAAGAAAAUAGUUCACAUCUCUAAUAAUAUGCAGUAUAAUAAUACUCAUUGUGACUUGUAAUAUACACCAACCUGGUGAUCAACAGUGUAACAUCAUUAGUCUUUUUUGUUUUGCAGUAUGAAUGUCAGCAACAAGCUCCAUCCAUGUGUCUCCAUAUGCAUUCUGUGUGCAUAGUAGAGAUGGGCCUGAACCAAAACCAUGAUCUGAUCAUCCCAAACUUUGGGGAGAUUGGGAUCUGGACCCGAACUUUGUGACUCAGUCCUGUCUCUGGUAUGUAACACCAAUCCAGUUCAAGGAGAAUCUCUCUCCUCAAAUCAUUGUAGGGUACAAUGAAGGUUAUUCGUUGUAUUUACCUUUGUGUAACAUUUCUUUUUAUCUGAAUGUAUUCUCUUGUGUUACUUCUUUUUUGUUUUUUAAAUUUGUGAGUUGCAAAAUUGAUUGUAAAAGCCAAUUACACUUACUGACUGAAAGUAUUGCUUUAACAGAACUGCAUGCUGGUAGAGUUUGACUUGAGCUUUAGUUGUCUGUUUUCCAACUGGUCAUCUUCAGUCUGGAAGAAAUGCAUAGUUCAGGUGCAUAUGUAUUGCUUAUAUUUGUCAUCUUUAGCAUUAGACUGUGGUGAUUUCAAAGGAUGUAACUGGACUAUACUUUGGAAGUUUAACACAACUUCUUGGUAACUCAUUUUAAGCUAUUGAAAGUGGUCUUGAUCAUGCUAUUUGUGUUUUUUAAUAGGUGCAUUUUUAGGAAUGUUUUAAUACAUUUAUGAUGGACAAUAGUUUUAAUAGUUGUGCAGUAUUCUGUAUUUACUUGAAGUAAAUCAUUUUAUAUGCAAUUUGUUAGAUAAUUACAAUUUUAUAAAUAAAAUUGUGUGAAGUAUUA